AUGCUACCACCAGAGUCAUCAUCUUCACUGAUAGAAUGCUGUUUGAUAUUGACGAGUUUGACGUCUAAGUCCUGGGUGGCAGGCAGUCUCGCGUUAUGUGCGCGAACUUCCUCUAGCGCUGAAAUUGCUACUGCCACUGCUACUACUGCCCCUGGCAUUAGCGCUAACACUAGCACUAGCUCUGUUGCCUGCCAUACCGUAUUGAUGGAGGGUAUUUUAACUCAACGCGAGGGUGAUCUAAUCGACUCAACCAAUCCAGUUGCAGCCCAGCCCUUUCUUCCUCUGGUUUGGGCCACGGCAAUCUCAAUGCGUGCUGAAAAGGACGGUUACAUUCGCAACUCACACGCUCUGGUCAAUCUAAUUCAGGUGAUCAAUGGCUUCCGAGAGUCGUUGCUGCGACUGUUUCUCAUGGAUAAAGUUUGUGUUCCAUUGGUCUACACACAGGUGGUCACAUUGGCCGUAUACUCCUACUUCCUGUCAUCCAUAAUUGGUCGUCAGUUCAUCGUCAACACAUCCGACUACUCGGAGCCAUUCAGGAAGGACUACUAUGUUCCGCUGUACACGAUUCUCGAGUUUAUCGUGUACAUGGGAUGGUUGAAGUUCUUCGAGCACUCUAAAUUGGUGAUGUGGGGUAGUGUGGCAUUGGAAGGACGAGGCAACUCUACGUGCCAAAUGCGCCAACUGCCUCGGGCAAAUGCCGAGUUAUCGACUGCUGUUGGGAGGCGCUGUGGGCGCCUUCGUGACUCUGUGUGGAUGACCUCAAAACACACAGCGUUUUGCCCUCCUACCUGCUAA